GGGGAGGAAGAGGAGGGCGGCCUGAGGGGUUUUCAGUUGGGUGCCCACGCCGCCCCCCCAUUGAAAAUUAGCCCUUAUAAUGGGAAAUUAGCACUCAAAUGGGUAGUUAGCACUUAAAAUGAAAUAUUAGCGCUUAAAAUGGACAAUUAGCCGUUAAAAUGCGCCUGUGUGGUAGAUCUGUUUCUUAACCCUCAGAGACUUUUAAGACCUGUUGAAGUCCGCACAUCUUAAGUUGCUGAGGUUGAGAAACACUGUUGUACGGGGCCGCACUCAGUCUGGUUUCCAACCCGCAGGAAGUGGAUUCCUGCAACGCCUUCCAUUAAAUCCCCACAAAGCCCAUCAUGGCUCCUUUUAAUGUGUUCCCGCAGGCAUUUUUUACAUCUUUCCGGGCACCGAGCUCAGCCAGCAGCUCCAAGAGCAGGCCGUGUCGCUUUAUUAUGGUACUGUAACCCAUGAGUCCGGUUAUUCGGAAUGAAAUUCCACAAGAGUUGCCAAUCCUUCAUAGAAGGGGCUUCUUGGUCCAUUUCUUGCAUUUGUCGAGCCUCCCCUUCUUGCAUGCUUCUUCCUGUACCUUCCUCUCUUGGAGGAGGUACAUUUUGCUGAAACACCGAGGUUCCCCCAGAUCCCACUGUCUUUCCUCAUUAGCAAAAGACCACUUCCAAUCGCUAUUGCAUUCUGCCAACCAGUAUUAAACGUGGGCGCUACGUGGAUGCAACAUUCACCCUUAGGAAGCCUUCCCUCGCCCACAGAAAUCCCACUCAUCCCCGUCCGGUCGGUCUCUCGAGAGAGUUGGUUCUGCCCGGAACGUUUGUGGCGACUGUGUGUUUUCCCCGGAUCGCUUAAAGGAAAGAACAAGCAAGAUGGCGGCUGCUACGGUCGGUCCACGUGGGGUGGCGAAAGUCCACGGCGCUGAAUUGAAGGAAAGCGAUAGUGGAUCUGAGUGGAGCUCAGGGGUUCCAGAAGAUAGCUUCUCAAGUGACGAUGAAGCGCAGGAUGAUGAAGUUGAUGAUAAACCUAAGACUCCAAAUACCAGAGUUAAAGAUGCAGCAGAAUCCAGAGGUGCAGGAAACGCUGGAUGGGCUGAAGCCAUGGCCAAAGUGCUUAAUAAAAAGGUUUCUGAUGAUAAGCCCAUGAUCCUGUUGAAAAACAAGGAGCGGGAUGUAGAACAAAAAAAAGAAAAACAAGAGAGGUUGGAGAAGAGGAAACAGCUGAAUAAAAAGUGGGAGUGGGAAAUGAUGUGCCGAGUGAAGCCAGACGUUACCAAAGACAGAGAAGUUGAGAGAAACCUUCAGAGAAUUGCCACAAGGGGCGUGGUUCAGUUAUUCAAUGCAGUCCGGAAGCACCAAACUAAUGUGGAUGAGAAGAUGAAAGAAGCAGGCAGUUCUGAGAGGAAACGAGCUAAAUUGAUCUCCUCUGUUUCCAAAAGAGACUUUAUCAGCGUCCUGCGAGGAAUGGAUGGAAAAGAAACGGAGCAAAGUGCUGCUAGAAAGUCAUCAAAGAGCCACCAGGACAAAUCGAAAUCUGAAGACGGUCCAGCAUGGAGUAUAUUGCGAGAUGAUUACAUGAUGGGAGCCUCAAUGAAGGACUGGGAUAAAGAAAGUGAGGAGGAGAACAAUGCUGGAGAAGACAGUGGUAUCAAGCAGGAGAGUGGAAGUGAUUCAGAUCGAUAAUAUUCAGAGUAGUUCGCAAAUCCAAGGGAAUUUUUGAUACUAUGUAGGGAUUUGGGUUUAAAGAAGGAUGCCUUUUGUACAACAAAGACCACUUUGAAGAACAUGGAAGUCCACUGGAAUUGGGCGGCCAAUAACUUUAAAUAAAUAAUAAUAAUCUUAACAAUG